UCAGGCCGAGGGGGCGGCGCGGCAGCCAGGCGGGUGCUGAGCUCAGAGCUGCCGCAGCGCCAGAGCCGGAGCCGGAGCGCGCGAGCUCGCAGGGCGGGAGGAACUAGCGGUGGCUGGCGACGCACCGGAGACCCGGGCACUGCUGAGCUCCUGCUGAGGACCCGCGACCCAAGCGCCUGACCCCGGCCCUAUCCCCACUCCGGCCCCUAGUCCACCCCGGCCCGGCCUAGCGGAGCCCCCACGUCCGCCCGCCGCAGCCACCGUUCCAUCCCCAGCCCCGGCCCCGCAUCCAGGUCGCCAGGAUGGACGUGUUCAUGAAGGGCCUGUCCAUGGCCAAGGAGGGCGUUGUGGCAGCCGCGGAGAAAACCAAGCAGGGGGUCACCGAGGCAGCGGAGAAGACCAAGGAGGGCGUCCUCUACGUCGGAAGCAAGACCCGAGAAGGUGUGGUACAAGUGGCUGAAAAAACCAAGGAACAGGCCUCACAUCUGGGAGGAGCUGUGUUCUCUGGGGCAGGGAACAUCGCAGCAGCCACAGGCCUGGUGAAGAGGGAGGAAUUCCCCACUGAUCUGAAGCCAGAGGAAGUGGCCCAGGAAGCCGCUGAGGAACCGCUGAUUGAGCCCCUGAUGGAGCCAGAAGGGGAGAGUUACGAGGAUCCACCCCAGGAGGAAUAUCAGGAGUAUGAGCCAGAGGCGUAGGGGCCCAGGACAGCCCCCACCAGCAGCACAAUUCUGUCCCUGUCCCUGCCCCGCCCCCUAGAGCCAGGGCUGUCCUUUGACUCCUUCUCCCCAAUCACGAGAUCUUCCUUCCGCUCUGAGGCAACCUCCUCGGAGCCUGUGUUAGUGUCUGUCCAUCUGUCUGUCCUACCCACCCACGUCCAACCCUGGGGCGUGGACAGGGCCGGGGUUGCGGCCGCGGCUGGGAGCCUCGCCCCUGCAGUGUUGCCUCCUCCCGUCCAGCGUCUGCGCGGAUGUAGCAUGUUCUAUGUGUUUUUAAACGAAGAUCCGAAGCGACGGCUCCUCCCCGAUCCCCGACAGUGGCUCUCCAAGGGGCCCCCGGGCAGCCUCAGAGCACCCCGCCCCACUCCCAUUAACUCCGAGAACAUUUUUUUUUAACCAAAACCAGGAGCCAGGCUGUGCCAUGUCCCCCCUCCCACCGCCCCCAGCCGGCCCGGUCCGAACGCGGGCGUCGUGUGUUGUGAUUGUGGCAUGGAGAGUCCCCAUCCCCCCCGUGUGAGCGUGUCCCGGGCGGGUGGGCCCGGCCGCCCCCCGCGAGUCCAUGAAUAAAGCUAAUCUGUCUGUA